UGAGUGUUUAUAAAAGUGAACGUUCUUUUUUGCGUUGUCCAAGCAUGUCAUUUAGUAAGAAAAACUGUAUAGAUUUUAGUUAAAAUGCUUUGUAAAUAGUUUGUUUUCAAUAAAAAUGGAUCAACAGAAUAAAUUUACAACAAAGAAAGUUGAACGACGAUUUUCAAUGGCAAUAUCGUCUCCGCGGCAUUUCAAUCAAGAAGUCGAAGAUCAAAAAUUUAAUCAUAACGAAAUUAUAUCGCUCGAUAGUGAUGAUGAAAAUGGUGGAAUUCAAGAAGAAAUCAGGAACACAGUGCAGCCGAAUGUAAACACGGAUACGAUUGUAAGAACGGAAUUUGCACAACCACUGAGAAUACAACAACCAGUUGGACAAUCAAUGCCACCGAAUCAGCCAGUUUUGCAAUUAUUGCCAUUACAUCAGCAAAUAGCACAAACACUGCCUCGAAAUGUUGAGAAUCAAGAACAAACCAAAGCAUAUGAACAGUUUAUCGAGGUGAUAACUCAACUUACGGAUGCGGUUAAAUCAUUGAAAAAGAAAUUCGAAAAAUCGAUCAAAACAAAUAAGCGAAAAAAAUCGACGAAAAGAAGCCGAAAAAACAAACAUUAUUCAAGUGAUAGUAGUUCAAGCAGAAGCAGUUCAAGUUAUGAACGACGUAGAAAGAAGCAUCGACAUCGUCAUCACAAGUCACAUCGCAAACGAUAUUCGAGUUCAAGCUUUUCCGAAACUGGUACGGACCGAGAAAGAAGUGAUCAUCGGCAUCGUUACCGUGGUAGACAUGAAGAAGCUAAAAAUUCGGGCGAAACAAUUCAGAGCCAUGUCGGUGUUUCAAGUACAAUAAACAUUACACCACCAAUAAGCGAAAGUAAUUUUUUAUCACAAAAUAACAACCCAAGUACAUCGUAUCAAAGUGGCUUGCAUUUAAAGAGAAAAAAUCCUACUAGGAUUUCACGAAACGAAAGGCCAAUUAUCGAUAGCGAAGAGGAGACUGGUUCUUCGACAGAAUCCGAGGAAAAGCAGCGUCCAAAACCAAUCAAUUCGAGCAUGCGAAGGAAAUCAAUUAUGACUAGACCGACGGUUACGACAGAAGAUAUACUUCGUCCACCGAACACGAAUAAAAGUCUAUAUUUUAAAAGCAAAAAAGCAUUAACGUGUCAAAUUUGUAAAAAAUAUUUGCCCAAAAGGGUCGUGACACAUUAUAAAAAGUCACACGAAGACAGUGAAGUUUACGUAUCCAGAUUUUCACCGGCAAUGGCUGAAAAGGCAAAGAAUGAAAAACAUGGCGCAAAACGAAUAAAGGUUACAGAUAAACCACAAAAAGAUUUUAUAAAAGCAUUUUGUUUUUUUUGUGAAACAAAAAAACAAUUUCCUCCGCACUAUUGGAUGGAUCAUAUUCGAUCACACACUGGAGAAUAUGCGUAUGAAUGCGAUUCAUGCGAAUUAAAAUCAGUUUUUAAUAGUCAUAAUGGACAUUCUGGCUGCAAUGGAAAUUUUAAAAAGAUGAAUAAUGACGAUUUACUUCGCAAAGGCUGUGAGGCAUACAUUUGUAGACUUUGCAACUACGUACAAAUUGAUGGAGAUCGUCUAAUUCAACAUCUUCGAACGGAGCACGAAAAUGGCAAUGAUGAUCAAUGCGAGGAAAUAAUCUUAUUGCCUGCAUUCAAAGAAUAAUAAAAAAACCACAAUGCAAAAAUAAAAUCAUUUCUCAUGAAAUUAUGACAAUACAAAUAUUCUGUCUCGCUGACGCAACCAUAUCCUUUUUAAAUAUAUUUGAAUAAGAAUCUAAA